AGAAUCCAGCCUUUUCUAAAGUGCAUACAGAGAGCUGGAACUGAGUGGCAAACAGACAAGCAAAGCAACUUACUGUCUGCACAGGAAGUUCUGCUAGGAAAUACAGAUCUGUGCAAGAAACAGUCCUCGUGAUUAGUACUGGGACAAAGUCGUGUGUGAUAUCCUUAACUGCCAAAUCUUUGCUGUGUUUCCUAGCAUACCUGGAGACUGUUUCUAAAACCUGCAGAGAGUUGCUGUUCUACGAAAUAGAAUGAAGAGACACAAGUGGUCCUACAAAUGUCCCUCACGAAGGAAGAUCUUGAUUCUGUGUGUUACUGGGUGGCUGAUUGCACUGCUGAAGCUCCUCCAUGUCGAAAGACACUUUUUUCCCUCUAAAGGCAUUUACUUAGUUGAGCACUUCUUGAGCACUUCUUCUUAUGUUAGAAACAGAUAUUCAUACCCUAGAAAUGAGUUCCAGUAUGAAAUUAAUUGUUCAUCUAUAUAUGAACAAGAUCCUCAUGAAAUUGGGAAGAGUUUAGAGAUAAGAAGAAAAGAAAUAGUUGAUUUAGCUGAUGAAGAUGUUGUAGCAAUGACAAGUGACUGUCAUGUAUAUCGUUCACUUAGGAAAUACCAGUUAAAACCUGUUUCUGCAGAGGAGGAGAGUUUUCCAAUUGCCUAUUCUUUGGUUGUUCACAAAGAUGCAGCAAUGGUAGAAAGGCUCAUACAUUCAUUGUACAGUCGUCAGAAUAUUUACUGCAUCCAUUAUGAUCAAAAAGCAGCAAAAAGUUUCAAAUCUGCUUUGAACAAUCUAGCUAAAUGUUUUCCAAAUAUUUUCAUUGCAUCAAAAUUGGAGACAGUGGACUACGCACAUAUUUCACGUCUGCAAGCAGAUUUCAAUUGUUUGUCUGAUUUGAUGGACUCUCCAGUUCCUUGGAAGUAUGCUAUCAAUUUGUGUGGCCAAGAUUUCCCUUUGAGAUCAAAUUUUGAGUUGGUUGCUGAACUGAAGAAACUUGGUGGAGGAAACAUGCUGGAAACUUCAAAGCCAAGCAGUAGCAAAAGAGAACGAUUUACUUAUCACUAUGAGCUUAUGAAAGUGCCUUAUGAAUACAUGCAGAUGCCUGUAAAAACCAACAUUUCCAAGAAUCCGCCACCUCAUGAUAUUGAGAUAUUUGUAGGCAGUGCCUAUUUUGUUUUAAGCCGAGAAUUUAUUCAAUAUACCCUUGAAAGCUCACUUGCAAAAGAUUUUUUUGAGUGGUCAAGGGACACAUACUCUCCAGAUGAACAUUUCUGGGCCACUCUUGUUCGUGUCCCCGGGGUCCCUGGGGAAGUUCCAAGGUCAUCCCAAGAUGUAACAGACUUACAAAGCAAAACUCGUCUGGUGAAAUGGAAUUAUCUUGAAGACUAUUUGUAUCCUCCAUGCACUGGUACCCACCUUCGCAGUGUCUGCAUCUAUGGGGCUGGAGAAUUAAGAUGGCUUCUGAAUUAUGGACACUGGUUCGCCAACAAGAUUGACUCCAAAGUAGAUCCUGUCUUGGUAAAAUGCUUGGCAGAAAAGGUUGCAGAGCAACAGAAGGAGUGGGUACAUUUGUCCUCUGAUGAGCACUUUCUGCACUUAAGUUCUACAAAUGCCUUGACAUAGCAGUGCUGUGUUCUCUGCCGUCCCUGCUGUGUGCACAGCACCUGCAGUUCUGCUGCCUUGACCUGCUGCAGGAUGGCAGUGAGGAAAAUGUCCAUUCCAUGUAACGUCCAAGGCCCUGCAGAGCUAG